CUGGCGUAAAAUGGCCCUCCUUCACCUGUCAUACUGUGACUCUCUUCUUGUGACUCAAAAACGGCCACCCGGAUGAGCCACGUUUCCAGAUGUUCGAGGUCGAGCAAUACGCUUAAUUUAUUGCGCCAUCCCUCCUUCCCUUCUCUUGGCCCCCGCCCCUCUUUAUCUGGUCACUCUUUCAGCUCGUCCGAGAACGCAUCGCUGCACGUCCUCGCAAGCCCUCGGCACAAGCGAGGAAGCCGGCUGGCCAACAGCACACCGCACCCGACGAACAAGCUGAUAUCUGGCCUCCCUGCGGCCAGGCUCUUCCUCGCCACCAUGUCGGCAAAACAACCCACCUGGACGCCCCCCAAGCCUCUCGCCGAUUCCGUCAGGCUGCCCAACCUCACCGUCUACAACUCCCUGACGCGCAAGAAGGACAAGUUCGUGCCCAUCGACCCCGAGGGCAAGACAGUGCUCUGGUACACCUGCGGCCCUACCGUCUACGACGACGCCCACUUGGGACAUGCGCGCAACUAUGUCUCCACCGACGUCGUCAGGCGCAUCGUGCGCGACUACUUUGGCUUCAACGUGAAAUUCGUCAUGAACAUUACCGACAUAGACGACAAGAUCAUUCUGCGUGCGCGCCAGCAGCACUUGCUGGCAAACUUCCGAGCGGAUCAUCCUACCGUCGACGACACCGUCGUGUCUACGGCCAAUGCCGCCUUCGCAUUCUACCUGAAGAAGAACCUACCUCUCCUGCCCGCCGAGACGACCCCGGACUCGUUCGCUUCAGAGACGGACAAGGCCUAUGCAAGGGUUCUGGAGGGGAAGGCACUGGCAGGAGACAAUGAGACCCCCGGUGACAAGGAAGCCAAGCUGAAGAUGCACAUCAAUACGGCCAAGUCGGCCGCCGCAACCCUCCAGAACGGCUCCUUGUUUGAGGUCGACCAAUUCUACGACGGCGUCGAGGACGCCCUACUACCAUACCUGGACUCCUUACACGGCUCUACGGUCGAUUCAAAAGACUACGCGAUCUUCACAAAGCUGACCAAGAAAUUCGAGCAGCGCUUCUUUGAGGACAUGCACGCGCUGAACGUUCUGGACCCCGAGGAGCUGACCCGCGUCACCGAGUAUGUGCCCGAGAUUGUGGCUUUUAUUGAAAAGAUCAUAUCCAAUGGCUUUGGGUACGCGACGGCCGACGGUUCGGUAUACUUCGACAUAGCUGCGUUCGAGAAGGCAGGGCACGCCUACGCCCGGCUUGAACCUUGGAGCAGAGGCGACAUUGCCUUGCAGGCAGAUGGCGAGGGGUCACUCGCGUCGAAGACUACGGUAAAGCGCAACGACGCUGAUUUCGCCCUGUGGAAGGCGAGCAAGCCUGGAGAGUUUUCGUGGCCCAGUCCCUGGGGUGAGGGGCGCCCAGGCUGGCACAUCGAGUGCUCAGUCAUGGCCUCUGAGGUCCUGGGAGAGAAGCUGGAUGUUCACUCUGGAGGUGUCGAUCUUCGAUUCCCUCAUCACGACAACGAGCUGGCGCAGUCGGAGGCAUACUGGAACAGCAAGGAGCAAUGGUCAAACUUUUUCCUGCACAUGGGCCAUCUGUCGAUUGCGGGCUCCAAAAUGAGCAAGUCGCUCAAGAACUUCACCACGAUCCGGUCAGCGCUUGCCAAACAAGAGUGGACCUACCGAAGCCUACGUAUUGCCUUUUUACUCGGGGCGUGGGAAAGUGGCAUCGAGGUGACGGACGAAAUCCUUCGCACAACUGCAUCGUUUGAGGACAAGAUGAACAACUUCUUCUACAAGAGUUCGGACAUUGCAAGAAACCAGAAGGAUGGAAGCGGGCCCGCUGCUAGCAACGGAGCAGAACAGUCAGAACACGACCAGAAGGUGCUGGCCGCUCUGGAAAAGGCCAAGAAAGAUGUCGACACUGCUUUCUCUGACUCAUUCAACACGCCUGUGGCGAUGAGGGCACUUUCCGAGCUCGUAUCGGAAUUCAACUCGGCACCAACUGUCUUGGAUGAGACAACGCUGACCCUUGCGCGAUGGAUAACAAGAAUCUUGACGAUCUUGGGUCUGGAUGCGAAGGGUGAUUUGAAGGACGAGUCCCGAGUGGCCUGGUCCGGUGUCGGAAUCCCACCAGAAGCGGAAGCGUUUGUCUACCCCGUGUCGCAACUGCGCGACCAGGUGCGGCAAGCUGCUCGGACAAAAGACCUGGAUCAUGCUUCUCUGAUCCAGAUGGCGGAGAAGGUCAAGCCUACAAGCUCGGCCGCCAGCGAGCCAGCGAAGAAAUACGAACAGGUAUUCACGCAGUUCCAGGCCGAUGUUCAGAAGCUCGCCGGCGAGAAGGCACCGGCCAGCAAGAUCCUCGCCCUCUGCGACCAGCUGCGUGACACCCGCUUGUGGGACCUGGACAUCUACCUCGAGGACCGCGACCCGCCACUGCCUGCCCUGGUCCGGCCCAUCGACAAGACCAUCAAGCAGGCCAGGGAGGAGCGCGAACGAGCGGCCGCGGCCAAGGCGGCCCAGAAGGCGAAGCGGGACGCAGAGGAGGCAGAGAAGAAGAGGCUGCAGGAUGAGAAGGCAAAGCUCAGCCACCUCGAGAUGUACAAGACGGAGGAGUUUGCGGAGUGGGAUGAGAACGGCAUACCCACAAAGGACGCCAAGGGCGAGGAGGUCACCAAGAGUAGGAAGAAGAAGCUGCAGAAGGAUUGGGAGAAGCAGAAGAAGCUGCAUGAGGACUGGCUGAAGCGGCAAGGGUAGUGCCCUGGCGUGGCGGUUGGAGAACCCCUCCUGGAUCUUGCCUGUCUCCAGCAAGAGGAAGCCAAAGGCUUCUGCAGGAAGACAGUAUCUUGAGGGAAAUUUUAGCAUAGCUACUGGAAGGUAAAAGCCAUUUGCUGGGCGCUCCAAGCGUGGGCUUCCUGAUACGUUUUGUUUUCUUCUGUUGCUGUAACAGUGGUACUUGUCCCCCCUGCGGAUUGAUAGAAGAAGUUUAGACAACGAGACGUGGCAAUACUAUCCAAGACAUUCGAGCUGUG